GUGUCGUUAACUCCAAUAACGAGUUACCGAAUCGCGAUACUGGGCUGCAUUCUGAAAUUCACUGCCAGUGCACUGAAAAUCUAUAGUAUAGUCACUCAAACUAUGUAUUUUCAGUACUGGCAGUGAAUUUCGGAACGCAGCCCAGUAAGUUGUGGAACCGGGCGUUAAAAGAACAGACCAUCAGUCUCUGUAUUACUGGCAUGACAGAUUUCCUAACCUCUUUCAGCGAAAUUGGUGGGGAGGCCCUGACUAAUUUGUUGAAAAUGAUUCAACAAUAUCAUGUUCAAGGCUACGAAAAUUUUCUUAGAUAUGUUGAGAAAUUGAAGAAAAAAGAGCCAAUUUAUGUACUGUAUACCGGUACAAAAUUAGCUAACGGCAAAAGUUGGUGUCCGGAUUGCGUGAAUGCUGAACCAUUCAUUGAGAAGGCUUUUGAAACAGCAUCUGCAAAUACGCAAUUAGUGAUAGUGGAAGUUGGAGAUAGGCCAUUUUGGAAGGAUCAGAACUGCCCAUUCAGAACAAAUUUCAUUACUAAGUUGAAGGUUCUACCAACUUUAUCAAGAUGGGGUACUCAAAAACGUUUAGAAGGUGAUCAGUUGCUGAAACUAGAUCUUAUUGAUAUGUUACUCACAGAUGAAGAUGAUUGAGCGUUUUCAUAUUCUUUUUGUACAUUAUAUUUGAAAAUAUAAUGUACAAUAUAUGUAAAAUAUAUGUACUACAU